AUGGACGAAACCUCCAACAGAACGGAUAACCGCGAACAAGAAAACAGUCUCGUGCCGAGGAUUUCGGCAUACUCGACCCCACCCCCGUCGAGCUAUGACGAAGACUCGUCUGAAGCGGGGAGUAUCGGUGGGUUCAAGACGGCCAGGGCAUCUCCAGUAGCGACUCGACCAAACUCCCCGGAUCAAGUUGACCCACCCGACGCGAUGGGGCCUUUCACUCACGACGGGCCAUUCGUCCGCGAGACCAAAGCCAAGAAAGAUGACGAUGAUAACCUAGCGCAAAUCAUCGAUUCGAGUGCAGAAGCGCCUCUUUCGACUCCUCUAGUCACGUCGAUCCCUCCUCAGGACAUUAUGCACCGCAUCAAAGGAAUGUAUCGCCUCUUGCACCUUGCAAGCGAUAAAGGGGUUGGAGGCGCUAUCAACAAAGUGGUUAUUGACACAAAGUCCAUCGAGUGCUUUGCAAACCAAGUAGAACAGAACUCUUAUAUCUCGAUCACCAAGGUUAACUUUCGCGCAUUGGAUAACUAUACCAUCAAACCUCGUGGUGUAUACGGCAGCCUGACCUCCUUGGUUUCCUUUCUUGAAGACCUUGGCCGAAUCGAUCAAGAAACCAAGGAUAAACUGCUCGUUCAAUCCGAUGAAUCGGAAAGCUCCACUGACUCUCUUCAAACUGGACUUUAUCUCCUUGACGCAACCGAAAUUCAAGAUGGGCUUCGCUACAUUGUUUACUGGCCUGAGAAAGAAACAUGGAACGAUAAUGCACCCUCAACACUUGCUCGUAACAGGGUCACCUUUAUGCGAUAUCUUACCAAGCUCUGUGACCAAGUAGUGUGUUUGAUUUCCGAUGAACACGCCGACAAGUUUGUAUGGGAAGAGGAAACACCCGAGACCGUGACAAAGGAGAAACGCGGUGGAUCACGCAAAUUCAGGGUAGAGGAGACCCAGAACCAAAACGAAGAUGUCCUCAUGUCUGCUGGAUUUACGCUUCAUCAUCCGUGCUUUGGUCCUCCAAAAUGUCUUCCUCCUCCCGAGCACUCCAAUCCCUUCUACCCUUCACCAACUUUGCUCACUAGCAGUGUCGCUCAACGAAUUCUUCGCGUUGAAUACAACCCGGGAGCACCAGAGCAAAUUCGACUCGAGGAAGAAAGCAGGCCCAAAGUUGCUCUGCAACACUUUUUUAAUUCAUACGCCAAUGGACAGAUUUGCCUAUCCGAUGAAUUGGAUAAGGACAGUCUUAGCACCCUAUUAUCCCUCGGAUUGUGCCGUGAUACAUAUUUUAGCACUCUUGACCAGUGGAAAGCGCACAUAAAGAGCCAUAAAACGCAAUGGUUGGAGAAGGAGACGGACGUUACUCGUGCGGGUGUCAAACAAUUGGAAGAAACGUUGAAUCAUGCGGUGACGUUCUGGUUCAUUGAUCAUGUCUCCGCCCAUUUCAAAGGUCUGACCAAGGAGGAGAUAUUGUCCCAAAUUUUGCCAACGGACCGUAUAGGCUCGUGGGACUAUGGCAAGCAGAAGGAGGCCUAUAGUGAACUCGACAAUUCACAAGAUCUCUGUGAUGCCUUCAAGAAUGCAACGCACCACUUGAAACAAGCUCUCGAUAAUCUGGACCCUGGCCCGGAAUUCCAAGCUCUCAAAGAAGACUGCUUAUGCAUCGAAAUGGCGAUUGAUCACUCGUUUGAGUCAUCUCUUGGCGCGUCCCAAGAUGUAGACACCAUGACCACCGCAAGCACUGAGGUAGUUUUCACGAGUCAAUACAUCGAUCCCAGUGGAUAUCAAGUCGACAUGAAAACUAGACGUACUUCCGACGGUGAUGUCAAGUCGACGUCCAAAAGUUGGCGGAGGACGCUUUCAAACAAAAUUUCAGAUGUCUCCGGCUCAGUGACAGGAGUCGUUGUAUCUUCGCUUUCGAUAAUCAAUCCGUUGAGGCUUCUUGGCAGCGGUUCUCAAAUUUCUGGCUCACUUGAUCAUCCCGCACGCGAAAACCUCGAUACUCGGCAAUUCUGGGAACACCUUCAGUCUGGAUCCUCCCAAAAUCAAUCAAUGUUCAACAAAGAGAGAGAGAUUCGUCGCCUGAUCCUCCUGUCCCUGACAAAUCUUUAUCAAGCUUCAGGCCGGCUGCUCUCAUCACCAAUCCAGCGCCAUUUAGAUCAAUUUUGGGCACAGGGGCUCAAUCGCCUUGAAGAUUUUUGGAAACAUACAGAAAUGAAUCAUUGGAAAAAUUUGCAUCGCCAACUGCAGCAGACCUACGCGACUGGGUUUGACAAACAACGACCAUAUCUCGUUAUCAACAAGGUCGUCGAAGAAGGCCGCUCGAAGAAGCAGUAUCGUCUACAUGGAUUAUUGGUGAAACCGACGGAAGCUCAGUUUCAACACUCUCUGUAUCCAUUCGAGGUGUCUGCAGAAGACAUGCAGGCCGCUGCUAUGGACCCUUCGUACAAUUGUCAACCUCGAAUUGUUGAACGUGGCGUUCAGACUUUCAAGCUUCCAAUUGGAGCAUAUCUCAGGUACAUUCGCCUCAUUGGGAAAGAUGAUUGUCUUGCCAUCAUACAUAAACCAGCAAUCGGCGGGCUUCAUCUCUUCUAUGACGAUUGCGUCUCUAUCUGCGGUACAGUUGAACAUGGAACUCCGAAGCGGAAACUGGUCCUGGAGCGUGUAGGCGACAAUGCAUUAUUUGCAUUAGACGAAAUGGCAGGUUUACUUGCCAUACUUGGCGUAGCCGAUGACCAAAUCCAAAUUCACACAUACAAGUUUGACGAAAAGCACAAAAACCUCGUACCCAGAAAGCCAUACAAUAUCACCGCUUGGUAUCCAAAUCGUCGGCCACAGUUUCAGAGUUUCGAUUUUAUUCCUGGACGAGAGGAAUUAAUUCUUCUUGACGAGUUAGGUGAAGCCCGGGUCUUCUCUAUCAGUUCAACAAACUUUAGUCCCAAGACCCUACACCUCGACAGUCCAAAAGCCGUUCUGCCAACUCCGGAUGGGGCCGCAGUCAUUGUCUUGGAUUCCUAUGAUGCCCAUUACCGUCUCAGGUGUUUUCAUCGCGAAUCCUUCGAUGACAAAAGCUGCAUACAAAUUCCGCUGCCACUUUUGUCAACCUCCUUGGUGUCAGCUGGAGUGACCUUUAUCGGCACCAGAGAUCGAGUUCAACUCCUCCUUAUGGACGCUGAUUUGCAAGUGUGCAACUCAUAUUCUCUCCACAUCGUUGGAAGGGCGAGCAUAUUCUCCUUCAGGUCCUUGGGGGCUCACCGUAACAUUGAGAACACUCGAAGACCCACUUCCAACAACUGCCUCCUGGAUUGCCAUGUCGGAGUUUGGACAAGAUACGCUCUCGAUCCGCCGAUCAAGCACCAGCGCUCUGUCAUGGCUAUAGAACAUCUACCGGCAAUCUUGAUUAUGAGUCGGUGCGAACGCUCAGUGGUUGAGCAAUACUUUGCUAUGAUGAUGCGGAAAUUCAAAGAGACGACAAAGAAACCAUCAAAACAUAUCCUGGAUCGCAUCCAACCGCUUGUAGUCUCGCAUUGGGCGCCAGCUGAAGACAAAACAGACACAUCUCGCUAUCAAAUUGGCGAUUGGCUUGUGUCAUUGUUCUGUCUCAUACCAAUUCACAUUGCCUAUACAGACGCAAGCAGAUUUAUACCGGUAAAGGACGGCGUUGCAUCGGCACAGUUUGAGAGGACGCUCUUGGGGUGUUCACAAGUUGAAAUUACUCACAGGUUAUCUUUGGGAUGGUACGAGUCCAUCUUCACAUCAUACCUCUCGGAUUUGCCUGUGAAGGUUGUGACCUCUAUGGGAGAGCAAUCUGUUGGAAAGAGUUAUUCGUUGAAUCACUUCGUCGAUACUUCUUUUGCAGGCUCGGCAAUGCGUUGCACAGAAGGGGUUUGGUUGUCUGUUACGCGGACCCGGGAUAUAUUGGUGGUUGCUAUGGAUUUCGAGGGUCUUCAGACCAUCGAAAGGACACCACAAGAGGACAUGCUCUUGAUUCUGUUGAACACUGCGAUAUCAAACAUGGUACUUUUCCGCAACAACUUUGCGUUGUCAAGGGACUUGCAAGGGCUCUUCAGAGGUUUCCAAUCGUGCACGAAUUCUCUCAAUCCUGAUUCAAAUCUCUCGCUCUUUCGCUCACAACUUCAGGUCAUCAUCAAGGAUGUGACCAAGGCAGAUGAGGACGAGAUGGUCACAGAGUUUGCCACAAAGCUCAGUGCUAUUGUCAGCAGAGAAAUGAAGAGCAAUUUCUUGACCAAGCUCCAUAGAGGGAACUUUGCCAUCUCUCCUUGGCCAGUCAUCGAAAGCCCAGAUUUCUACAACGCCUUCAAUGAUAUCUACCAUGACUUUAUGGAUCAACCAAUCACUCACGAACAUGCGGGGGCUUUCUACAUACUCCUCAAAACCUUAAUGGCUAAGAUUUAUAUUGCCGACUGGAGCGCUGUCGAUCAGAGUCUCGCAUUGCAUAGGGCAGAGCUGCUAGAGUCUUCCGUAGACAAUGCUCUCUGCUUUGGUCUCUCUGACCCAGGCACCGGCGAGCGGUUGAAGAAUUACGAUAAUGACAAGGAUAUUCCCACUGACGACGACAGUGGGAUCUUUUUCUCAACCUCGUCUUCAGACCUUAGUACAUGGUCUUCAUCUGACAUUUCCACAUUCCUCGACCGCUUGCGGAGUCAAUGGCCAGAAGAGUCUAAUCGGUUCCAAAUGACGGAGGCAGAGUAUAUGGGGUCGUACAGGCACUUUCUACGUUUAGUCAUUGAUUCACGGAUCAUAUUGGGAAAGUCCUGGGUGGUGGAGAAUACACGCAAAUUCUUGAAUGACCCUAGGAUACAGGAUUUCAUCCGCUCAUUCGAUUUCAAGUCGAAGAUAUUGUCCAACAUCGAGCCGUGUGCCUCUCGGUGCAGUGACUGCUUCCUAUUGUGCCUCGACUACAUAAACCACGACUCGCGCAACCAUCACAGCUGCAAAACAGAUCACCGAUGCCCGACUAAUUGCGAGUUUGAAGCGGAUCACGAGGACGUGCCUCCGCCAUGCGAGAUAUCUGCGGGACAUGCCGGCAAACAUACAUGCUCUUUGGGACAUCGUUGCGGCGAGCCUUGCCUUCUGCGUGACAAGGGCAAUUGCCUUCGAAAAUGUGCCAAGCAAUCGAAUCAUGAAGAGGCAGAGCAUAUGUGCGAGGCGCCGCUACAUACUUGUGCCGCACCAUGCGACCUCAAGGGUCCCGAUGGGGCCCCGAUAUGCAACCUCCGAUGUGUAACAGAUAGUCGUAUAACUCACGAUAGGCAUUGCUUCCUUGCGCGACACGCGAUCACUUCCAUGCUCUGGAAAGCAAUACCCACCUUUGCGGAGCAUUCCUGCAAGGAGCUGUGCGAGCUUCCCGGAAUAUGCUUCAUUGAACCCGACCCCAAGUCGGUCGAGUCGGUAUUCUCGGGACGAUAUGGGUCGUUCCAGUAUACCAAGUACACGCAAGUUCCCCGCCGUCUCGGAUGCGAAGUGAAGAUACCCAGACACCUCACGAGACACGAGGGAAGACAUACCCAUUCUGUCAAGCCCGACGUAUUCCAUUUUUGUGAAACUAGAUGCAACUACUGUGAUUACUUCUGUACUCUCGAGUACGGGCACGAUCAGGAGGAGCAUGAGACAGGACACGGCUCCAUGGAACGAGCAAAGUGGUUUCUAGAUGGCGAUGAAGAUGCGUUCAUUGGUAUCGAUGAUCGAAAGUACGCUACUGGAGACAGCGGAGGUCCAAUGCUCUGUUCAAUGCUUUGCCUUGCUCUUGGACGCCAUGUACAUGUAUCGGAUUGCUGGGCGGAAGAUCCCUACGACUGUCAGGACACAGAGCUCGAGCAUAUUCACGGACAUAACCUACCGCGACCGAUGGACUGGAUCUCUCAUCGGCUUUUCUGGAAACGCAGUGGUUUCAUGGAACCGCCAACCUACACCCAGAAAUUAAGGGAGAAGUUUGCUCUCUGGUCCUCUUCUAUGCAAGAAACCGAUCAUCUUCCAUCGCGUAAUACGCCCGUUAGUGCGAUUCUUACGCAACGAGCCAAUAAUCGGUUCGGCGCUGUACUUUCUGCGACAUACGCGUUCUGGCUCUCUCGAGAGGCUGCAAUUAGUCGAAUUACAAGCGCUGGACGUCGCAAAGAUUUCACCACGGUGGUCGCCUUCAAUCAUCUGCCCAUGACGAUUUGUAGCAAGAACGACACUAUGAACCCAGACCAGCUUCUUGCACUUAUUCCUCAUGACGCCACAGGGUGGACAAACUUCACAUCAGCCUUGAGACACAUUCAGAAAGAAAUGGAGAAAAACUGGGAUCACGAAAGAACGCCUGUAAUUGUUUUCCUUUCGGACGGAGAGGACGAAGUUUCCGAGGAGGUAGUAUACAGGUUGUGCCGUCGCGCAGAAGAGCUUGGGAACCCUUGCCUGUUCUAUGCAGUUUCAUUUGGCAUGAAAAACUACUCCGGGCCUCUUCGUCGAAUGGUAGAAAUCGCGCAGGAAGUCUACGAUGGUGCUCAGAGACAAGAACCCUCGCCUUUUAAGGAGCCGUGUCGAUUCUACGAAACAUUUGACCCUGACCAAUUGACCGAGGCGUUCCUACACAUCUCGAGAAGCUUGAAGCCUCGGGCGGCAUUGGUGAACGUGAUUCCACUCUACUACUUUUUCAAAACGGCCUUUCUCCUCUUUCUUGCUCUCCCUCAGAUGCAAGGAUCCACGUUCAUAUACUCGGUGCACUUAGCUCCGUUACUCCGAGGUCAUGAAGACCAAAUCGACUCGGCCCUCACACAGCUGAAGCUAUCCAUCUACGAAUUCAUUCAAGAAAAGUUACGAGGGAUCUGGAAUCAAGUCAUUGGCGCCUCUUCUGGUACACCCGGGACAGCCUCUAGCGGACCUCUUCCAGCAACUCCAAACGUGGCCGCAGCCAACCCGCCAUCGAUGGCAGACCCCCUGUCUGGAGCUGCUCAGCUUGUUUCUGGGUGGUGGAACGCGUAUGCACCGGCCAUUGUUGCUACUGGUGCCGCUUAUAUUGCUUCGCGGCAGCAAGCAGCCGAGGCAGCUGUUCAGCAGCGUCGACAGAAUAAAGCAAAGGCACCCCAGGCUUCUGGACCGCCAGAUACUGCGUCAAUAAUUGCACGGCGCAGAGCACUCGAGGCAGAGUUGGCGGCUCUCCCGCAGGUUGGCUCACCUCCAUCUACGACCAUACGGGAUACAUUGGCAGGAAAAUCGUCGACGUCUGUCGCAUCUAGCUCGUCUUCAUACGUCGUACACGCUGGAGAGAGCAGGAAACGGCGAGUCGACAGUGGGAGCGACGGAGAGGAUGCUGGACCGUACGAGAAGAUUGCACCAGAGGACGUGGGAUCUGGAAGUGAUGAAAGUCCGACGCGUGCGACGAAUCCGAGAACGUCCUGGUGGGGAUGGAGAGCGUCCUCGUACCAAGGAUACGAAAAGUUUACGAUAUGUAUUCUACGAAUGGUAUCUAUUCCCUACAUCGAGUCUGAACAUUUGGUCGUCGCAUUCCAUCCUGACUUGAACCUCGCCACAAUGGCUGGAUCUCAAAUGUCUAUGAAGCGGAUAAAGAAGGAGAUACUCGACCUGUCAAAGGAAGACAUGGGCGAAAUACAGCUGACGCCGUCGGAAAAGUCCAUUUACGAAUGGCAAGCGACGAUUCCUGGACCUACUGGAUCUCCCUAUGCCGGUGGAAUGUUUCGGCUGGCCAUCCAUCUUCCCAACGAUUACCCCUUCUCUGCGCCCAAAGUCGUCUUCCUAACGCCAAUUUAUCAUCCAAACGUCUCCUCUCAAGGCCAUAUCUGCAUAGAUAUCCUGAAGGCGGCCUGGUCGCCAGCUCUAUCACUGUUCAAGGUUGUGCUGUCCCUUUCGAGCUUGUUGACUGAUCCAAAUCCAAAGGACCCUUUGGUGCCAGAGAUUGCCAAGCAAUAUCUCCAAAAUCGACCUGUUUUUAACAAGCGGGCUCGCGAACUGACCGCAAAGCACGCAAUGGGCAACGAGAAGUCUUCCGACUCAAAAUAUGUAGCUGCAUCAAAUUCUGGUAGAGCAACGCGUCCAGCUCCACCGCCCUCGACAACGUCUUCGUCUGGAUUGUUCGCUGGCCUGAUGAAUUUCGCGACUGGACUACGUGGGUCUGGUGCACCUCGACAGCCUGAAAUAGCCGUGGGGACGCCUGUAGCUGCACCAAGGAUCAUUCCGAAUACACCUUAUGGUGCGACGUCAACUUCGACGGUAUCUGGGGCUACAGUACCUGUAACGAUGCGCAACUCACGCGUACAGCAUAAUGCAUCUGUCGAGGUCAUUGACCUUGAUGAUUCUCCACCUCCCACUCCUGUGGCCCGUGCAGGAACUAAACGCCGCAGGGAAGAAGAAGUCGAUACAUCUGCAGAUCCUCGAGAGUCUACGAGAAGAAGGCCUAAUCCUGCUACAUCAUCUUCCUCUGGAGCGGAAGAGGUGAUUGUCAUUGACGACGAUUAG